AUGGCUUCUGAAGCAGUUCAAGCGAGUUGUGUGAUGAAUGGAGAGGCUAAGAACAAUCAAGCUCUUAAAAGAAAACAUUUGGUAUCCGAUGAGAACAUCACAGACGACCUGAUGGAGUCUCUUUGUUGCAUUUGCUAUUUUGGUUUGUCUGCGAAAAAAGCAAGGCUGCCGAAAGAAUUGAAGAUUCAAGAUAUGUACAACGAUCGAGAUGCUUUUGAUGAUUACAACGAGGAUGACAGUGACUGGGAGCCUGUUCAAAAGUGCAUAGAGUUUAUGCAGUGGUUUUGUACCAACUGCACGAUGGUCAACCUUGAUGAUGUUGUCCAUUAUGAUAUUUGCGGGGAACAUAAUGCAUCUGGUAUUCUAAGGCAUGGGUUUUAUGCAUCUCCUUGUUCACCGGAAGUAGACCUUAUUCAGGUUGAAUCAGAACCCAGUCAAAUAGACAAAGAUCUGCAGUUAGAGGCUUCAACUUCAAACUGUCUUACAGCAGUUGGUUUUGAUGAGAAAAUGUUACUGCACUCAGAGGAUCUAUUGUACUGCUAUCCUUCAUCAAGCAUGGUAACAAUUAUCUCAUAG